UAAAGUUGUUUUUUUCGCAUUAUAUUCAGAAUUUUACAUGUAAAAAUUUUAGUAACAUUUAGUGUUUGGUAAAUGCAAAUUGGAUAUAAUAUAAAUGUAAAUUUGAGCAAUUACAGUUAAGUGUAAACACACGUCUGGGCAGACAGGGCAACAUGUUGUUCAAACGAAGUUAGCUGAGCUCCAAUCAACUGAAUUUUAGAGAGACCGCGCUCCCCUUGAAACUUCACCAGCAUGGACAAAUUACGGAGUGUUCCUGGCACCAGCUCAAACAUAAGUUACACCGGCAACGUGGUUCCGCCUUCCAUUGAGCAGCAACAGGACAACAAUAGUGAGGACUACCCAAAGACUCUAAUUGAACAGUACAUGCGGGCAUCGGGAAAAAUUAAAAAAAUCGAACGCACGGUGUUCAAACGUUUCGCACCGAAUGUGACGGAAGUGCAAGCAGAUUUUCAGCGUUUGGCCUAUAGUUUCGAAGAUAUGGGCAUCAUGCAAUAUGCGGCAAUGUGCCACAUGGGCUUUGCCAAAUGCGAAUCCUACGGUGGAGCGAAGCAGCGUGAAGCUGAGGCCUAUGUGCGAGCCGCUAGAGACUUUAUGUUCGCGCACAGCGAGUUUGGCACAAUACACAUGCGCACAGCCCACAACGGCUUCCGGGAAGGUGCCUUGCAUUGCUAUAACAAGGCAUCGGAGCGCGUGGCCGAUGGGGGUGUAGCCAAGGCAUCUGUAUUGCGCGAGCUGAAGUACCUGCAUAAUCAGCUAGAUCGCACCAGCGCGUUUGCAUCACCCGCGCAUCGCAUUAAUGAUCUAGAAUUAGCUGCUGAACAAUAUAUGAGACGUGGUGAUUAUUUGGGUGCUCUGCAACAAUACGAUGACAUUGUAGAUAAUAUCUAUGAGCGCAAACGGGCGGGCAUGUAUGGCGAGCUACUACGUCAGGCAGAGGUAAUGCGUCUAAUGCUGUUGGUGCAUCUAAAUUUGACACCAGUGCGUCAAUCGCCGGCACACAUUAAACUUUUAGAAUACUAUUAUUCGCUGGCUAUUCAUCCGGAGGAGCCCUCCGACGAAGAGGACCGGCCUACAACAGAAGCAAAGCAAACUAAUAAGCAGGUGCCAGGCGCCUUUGUGCCAGAGUAUCAGCGGCAAACGUUGGCCGAGAUUGUGUGUGCGUGGGUGGAGCGGAAAUUGUGCGAGCUUAAGGUUCUAAUAAUGCAUUUUUCAUGCGAGUUUUGCUCGAUCAGUAAUAUGGAGCGACAGCUUGUGAAAAAGAUAUAUUCCGAUUUAUGCAAAAUAUUUUAGAGCGCACAACAGACGCCGGCUUCAAGUCAACAUCAACGAUGAUCUCAGAUUAUAAAUCGAGAUUAACACUAGAUCACACUCAUGUAAAUAUCGCCAGUCGUGGCUGCAACUCUGUAACGUGCCUACAAGCAUUAUAACACAUAAAAUAACACACAAUAUUUAAAACCGUAUAUUAUUUGUAAAUAGACAUAGAUAUAAAAUGUCGUCACAAUAAACCUUAUACACUUAAUCAAUCAA